UGGGGGGCUGCCAUCUUUCCCCGCCGUUGCUAACGCUUCGAUGCUACACCGAAGGGGACUGUAUUAAUCCGCUUCACCCGUCUAUUGUCCGCGGUCACCCGUUUCUCUCCGUACGGUCGUACUACACACCGAUGCUAUCGGAUGAUUUGACAUGGAGAAAGUAGCGGAUUGGAAGCCCUCGUACACCUACCAGGUGAGUCAGCACAGCGCCGAGAUGCUCCACAACCUCAACGCGCAGCGGGAAGAUGGAGGCCGGUUCUGCGACGUGGUGCUCCGCGUCGGCGAGGAGAGCUUCCCGGCGCACAGAGCGGUGCUCGCCGCAUGCAGCGAGUACUUCGAGUCGGUGUUCAGCUGUCAGCCGGAGAGCGAAGGCGACGCCAAGGAGCUAGAGAUGCACACGAUCAGCCCUAAAGUUUUCCGAGACAUCCUGGACUUCGCUUACACCUCCAGGAUCGUGGUGCGACUGGAGUGCUUCCCCGAGUUGAUGACGGCGGCCAAGUUCCUCCUCAUGCGAUCGGUUCUCGAGAUCUGCCAGGAGGUCAUAAAACAGUCCAACGUUCAGAUCCUCAUCCCCACCUCCCGAGGGGGGGAGGCCAGUCUGUUCCAAGCCCCGGGGGGGGCUGUUGAGUCGGGGUUCCCCGGGGCCCAGCAGGACCUGGUGAACGGGACGGGGAUCAACGAUCUGCGCUUUGCAAACAACGGACAUGUGGACGGAAAUCACAACACUACUGUGGCACUUUUGGAAGAAAAUACCGAAUCCCCGAUGCCGGUUUUGCAUUCCGUCGAAGACGUGUCGUCAACCCCCUCAUCGGAGGUGUCAGGGAACCCGUUUCAGGACACCAACUCCCCGGGGUCAAAGACGAACCGAGGCGGACCAAAGAGGGCGACGGAGCCGCUCCACUUCAACCACAGCCCCGCCAAAGAAAGCCGGCUGUUCCCCUGCGGGUCCUGCGGGAAAGCCUUCACAGAGGCCUCCCGGUUGAAGAACCACGAAGCGCAGCAUGGAGCCUCGAACGCGGUGAACCAUGUCAGUGAGAGCCUCUCUCCGGAGGGCGGUCUCGGUCCGGCAUCGCACCCGGGUCUAAUGGAGGAGGACGGCGGGGGGUCGCACGGAGGAGUCGCUGCUUCGGACGCCCACCGCAAGCGGGAGAGGAUCAGACGACACGUCGGCUGUGACAUCUGCGGGAAGGUGUUCCGGGACGUGUAUCACCUGAACCGACACAAGCUCUCCCACUCCGGGGAGAAGCCAUACGAGUGCCACCUAUGUGGCCUGCGGUUCAAGCGGAAGGACAGGAUGUCGUACCAUGUCCGAUCCCACGACGGGUCCGUGGGGAAGCCCUACGUGUGUCAGAGCUGCGGGAAGGGGUUCUCGAGACCAGACCAUCUGAACGGACACAUAAAACAGGUUCACACCACGGAGAGACCCCACAAAUGCCAGAUCUGUAAUGCCUCUUUCGCCACCCGGGACCGGCUGCGGUCACACCUGGCCUGCCACGAGGACAAGAUCCCCUGCAAGGUGUGUGGCAAAUUCCUGCGGGCCGCCUACAUGACGGACCACCUCAAGAAGCACAGUGAGGGGACCCACAACUACUGCGGCAUCUGCAACAAAGGGUUCUCCACCGCCUCGUACCUUAAGGUGCACAUUAAAGCCCACCACGCUCUGGUGUUGGUCCCCCCGCCCGCGGGGCCCGGGGGGGGGGCCCAGACUCACAACGGCCACGCCUACCUCUCAGGACGCCCGUGCUCCGUCGAAGGCAAGCUGUCGGCCACCUUGUGUGUUCGCCGCUCAUCCGCUUUGCUGCUCACUGGGGGGGGUGCUUAAGCUGCUUGCUUAAGACCAAACCACUGCUCUGUGUCCUGCAUGUAUGCAAAGGUCCACGUCACUACUCAGACCACACGCUAGGAGCCCGGGACCCGCAGUCCCGAGGCUGAGCAACACACCGCACUUCUAGGAAGGAGUUUGCAUCAAGGAAUGGCUGAGUGGUAGAGUCGGGCACGGCCGUAGGGUUUGGUUUUUGUAUAUGACAGCCCAAAACAAGUCAAACAUGUCUUCUUGAGUUGGUGGCAAUGCACCAACUGGUUUUCAAAAUGCCUUUUUUUUUUUUGCACAUUCUUUUCCAUGUGAAUGUAUAACAUUUUCCACAUGUCUAUAAUGGAGCACAGUCAAUAUUGUGUUCCGUUCCAGAUUUGCUCUCAGGUUAUUGAUAGAUUGGGGUUGGAAACAUUUUACUGCCCCCUUGUGUCCGUUACAGUGGAAGUGUGAAUGAUGGCAGCUCUGCAAAAACCAGCUUUGUGUCUGAGUCGUGACGUGGAUCUUCACCAAUGUGAGGUUCUUGGACCUGUGAAGUCAGCCUCAUGCUUGCUCUCCAACCGUUUAAUCUGAUUGGGUAUUUGCAUGGAGCUAGUAGCCUGUCUUCAUGACUAAAAAGAGCAUUGUACAUUUGGACCUAAUUCAGUUAUGCAGAUGUUUCACCAGGGAUUGACUGGGUUUGGGCUGUCGUUGAUAUUCAGCUAUAGUUAGCACUAAGAGAUGGCUCGUUCACCUCAUUUACUAUAAAACUUUUGUGAUUGUUGGGAGUUGCAGAAACUAUCUGAAACAACAUUUAGCAUCAGUUCUGCCAUAUUACAAACAUUUUGGAGCAUUUCUUGUUUAAUUUAGUCAUUGUUUAUUUUAACCUAAAAUAUCUUUUGUUUUAUCAGGGGUGUACCGGUACAAAAAGGUCAUGGUUAGGUACAUACCUUGGCUAGUCUGGCUAGGCCAGGCUAAUAUCCCAUAUUUUGGGUUAAAUUGGUCCAGUCUGAGCAGUUUGUUUUGAUGCCAGUAUCCGAGAGAGGGUUGAGCUUCUCUGACAGUGUCAGCUUCUAGCUUCUAGAGCAGAGGUGGGCAAUUAUUUUUCCCAAAGGGCCACAUGAGAAACAGGGACUGUUGUGGAGGGCCGGACCAAUAGGCUAAAUUCAAUUCAGCUCAAUAUUAAUUUGAUCUCUUUAUAAAAAUAAGUAAAAUGUAGGGUAUUUGAUAAGCUGUGACUGGUAAGAGUAAAUGUUAUGAUAAGAAUAUGAAAAAAAUAAAGCAGACAUGGUACAAAAUGCAGUUAUGUUGGUAUUUAAUCAACAUCCACAAAAGCAAUUGUGAAAAAAUUUGCUUGUUUUUAACAUUUUUCAAAGAGCAGCAUUGAAUGAACUUUAUAAAGUGUUAUUACUAUUUCAUUUGCAGCGUAAUUACAAAUUUAGCCAUUUUCCCACAUGUUUUCUUCAAAUGAAAAACUGAAGCAGACAUAGUAAAAAAUGACAACAUAAUGUUGACAACAUAAACACUAUUUGAACAGUAUACUCAAAGCAAUUGUGUUAUCUUUUUGUUUUUAGUUUUACUACUCCAGCUGUUUUUCAGGUCUUUUUUUCUUGUUCAGUGAGAGAAAUCUAGUCUGUGCUUGGCUUGAACAAGUUCACUGAAGUCAGGUUGAUUGUUGAGGUGGAUAUGCGCAGGACAGCUGACAGGUGAUCAUCAGUGAGAGAAGAUCUGCAUCCUGAUUAGUUAAACUUCAUCACUGAAAAUGUUUCUUAACAUAUGAACAAACACCUUCUGAGCAUGCCUCCUCAUGUGUGGAAAGUUCUCCUCUUUGAGAGAAGAAUGGAAAUCCAGCAGUGACAACGACUUGAAGUGCUCUGACAGCACUAUAUCUGACUGCAGGUCAAUGAGUUUGAGCUGAAUAUCGCUAGGUGCACUGUCUACACUGCAAGUGAAGGGGGAAGAAAUCAUUUGCAUCUCACCCUCAAUUAUUUAUUUUUUGUCUUGAAUCGCCUUGAAAACUCACCAUGCAGUGCCAGUAACAUGGAUUAUUACCUGUGGAGAUGAUCAGUUUGUGGUGGGGCUUCUUUCAGGGUUUGCAUGUGAGUGAGAAUUUUACCCUCCAACUGGCUUGAGAGAAACUGCAACUUCCUAUGUCACCAUGUUCAUUUUCGUUCUCCUCUAAAUGUGACACAAACUGCCUGUGAUUUAAUGCUCUUGCCCUGGUGAAGUUAACUGUUUUAGUUAUAACAUCAAUAACAUGCUUCAGUUUUAGCACUGACUUACACAACACAUUCUGAUGCAUAAUACAAUGCAAAAAUACCAUUUUCAGUUCUGAGGUCACUUCAGUCACUUUAUCUUGCAUCCGUUUCAAAAGUCCGACAUUUUUUCCUGUCAGUUUUGGACACCCAUCGGUUCUAACAGAUGCCAGUUUGUCCCAUUUAAGUCCCAGCUGGUCAAAACAGGCAUUUACCUCAGUGAACAAAUCACUCCCAGUCGUCGUCCCUUUCAUUGACUGCAUUGCUGCCAGCUCCUUCGUUACCUCAAAGUCUUUCGUUAUCCCACAUAUAAAAAUGAGUAACUGGGCUGUGUCGCGGGCUUCACAGCUCUCGUCCAGUGCCAAAGAGAAAAGUUUGAAAUUGUCUGCUUUACUUUGCAGCUGAAUCUCCAGGUUUCCCGCAAUGUCCUCAAUCCUUCUCGUUACGCUUCUCAAACGCCGCUUUUUCUCUGGGCAUAAUAGCGCAGAAGAGUCCACCAAACACUCUUUAAUAAACUCCCCUUUGGAAAAUGGCUUACUUUUUUUGGCGAUUUUGUGGGAUAUCACAAAGCUGGUCUUGGCUGCUGCACCCCUGGAUAUGCAACGCUUGGUAAAACAGCCUUGUUGCUUUUGCAGUUUGGCUAGCAAAGCUUCAAAAAAAGCAACAACAAAAAUCGCCUUGAUAAUAAAAGCAGUGCAGUUGUAUUCCAUUAUUAUUAUUAUUAUUUAUUUUUUAUACAGUUAUUUACAUUUGAUUAUGAACUCCCCACUGACCUGAUGCGGGCCGGUUAGAAACGGCCAAAGGGCUGGAUGUGGCCCGGGGGCCUUACAAUGCCCAGGUCUGUUCUAGAGUGUCAGAACCAAGGUAUGUGGUGCAUUUCAUAUACAACAUCGCUCAUAAUAACACUUAAUACACAACGUCGGUACUAAAAAAAGUAUCACAAAGUUGCCGGGGUUGUAACAUUCCUUCCUAGAACUCUCCAUCUGACAAAGUAGGUUCACUUUAAACACAUGUUUUAGAGAAUCAAACCCUGAGCCCCUCCCUAAAGUAACGUUAUCUAUCUUCCUUAUCCACAAGCAUCUUUCUCUUUUUGGACAAUUCUUUUAACAAACAUAUAAAAUGCAUAGUUUAUACAAACAUUGUUGGCAAUUAUUUUACAGAUGAUUAUUGUGUGUCUGUUGAAUAUCAUUUGAACAUAAAACGAUGUUCAAACUGCAUAAGCUGCUACUCAGAUGUGCUGGUCAUUUUCCAGUCUUGAGUGUAUUACUUGGUCAGUCGUUGUGCAUGUUUCCACUUUACUUGAUCUUACCUGAGUGUGCCAUGUCUGAUUCAAGAAACUUGAAUUCAGUACAGGAAGUUGUCGUAAAUGAUGCGUAAACAUGAUGAACGCCACUUGAUCAUCAAUGAGUCCCUAGUCACGAAAAUCAAAAUAAGCAUAAAGGAUGUCGCCCAAAAGUACUAUAUUAGGAAGCUUUCCUCCUCAUUUCAGCAGAGCGUAGAAGUGGUAGUUGCAUGAGGCCGGUUGGAAUCUCGGCCAUGGGUGGUGGUUGGGUAUUGGCACGUAAUGGAAGGACCUAUCAUUGUCUUUUUUUUAUGCGCUUGAAGUCGCAAUGUGCAACAUUAGUAGGAGACAGACUUUCAUUAUUGAAUAAACUCAAUAGCUGUGCAAGAGAGUCCACACUAACUGUCUGUGCAACUGUGAAAACAAACUUGCAUAGCUGGCUGUUGGUUUGAGGGGGGGGGGAUUUUGGAGUGUCAACAGUACGUUAUUGUAAACAAAAAGGUAUGGGCUUGCCAAGUUGCCACCAUUCUUUAAUUGUAGAAUAUAUAAUUUUAAGUAUGUGAUUUUGAUAACAUUGAAAUAACUGUCGAUCAACAUCUACUACAGGUUAUUUUAAGCUGAGAGCUAGCUUAAAUUUGGCAUAAUUGCAGGAACAAGCAACAAAUGCCGGUGGGGUAGAAUGAACUUGGCCCCAAUAAAGAUGGAUUAGGUACAACACGUUUUGGUUAUUGAAUUGAAACCUGAUUCGCUUAAUGUCUCUAUAGACUAGAGUGGUCUGGCACUUGUGAGAAACGGGAAACUCUUAAGACUGAAUCCAAAAGUAAGGCUGAGAAUAUAAGCUAUAGAUCCUUGAUGCCCAGAUGCAGCAAGGAUCUGUGCUCAUCUGUCUGGUCUGUCCAUGGAGCUGCAUGGGGGAGCCAGCGCAUUGCAUGUGUUGCCUUGAAUAUUUGGUGCAGACCAAAGAAAUUGAUUUUAAACAUUUGCUUAGGCAAAUUCUCUAGAUCAAGACCAAUAACUUGAACAUAUCUGCCCAUAUAUUCAGGUCACAGCAUUUCGAUGGCAGAAAACAUGAAUGUGAUCAAACUAAUCAUGUUGGCUUGGCCUGCCUUUCUGUGUGCAAACAGACGUGCAUUAAAGUAGAACUUGGGGUAAUCUCCUCUCUCUGGUUUCCACUGGCUUGUUUUGUCUGUCCCCCCCAACGCCCCCUCUCCCGGGCGUGAGGUAGACCUGUGUGCCGGUCACCAGCUGCUUGUCUCCUUACCCGAGGCAGAGGGGGGAUGUCACGGACUCUCUGGACCCCCCUGUCCCGCCCA